UGAUAUAAUACCAUUUGCUUUCGUUUAAGCCAAAACCACCUGCUACAGCUUGUGGCUAGCUUCUGAUUUUCCUCCGAACUUCUGGCCCCCUUUCUUGCACUUACCUACCUCCUCUCUAUAUAAGCAAAAGCACCCAGCUUGCCAUUUCCACCGUCAAACUCAAAUCCUCAAUUACAUCUCAACUUCUAUCUAAAAAUUGUCCAUUUCAAAUCCUUGAUGUUCUAGUACUAAGAAGGAAAUAGAGAAAUGAGUUCAGCAAGCAAAGCUUGGGCUGUAGCAACUAGUAUUGCAGCCGUCGAAGCCUUGAAAGAUCAAGGAUUCUGCAGAUGGAACUACACAAUAAGAUCAUUACAUCAACAUGCCAAGAACCAAGUCAGGUCAUUCUCUCUGGCCAAGAAGCUCUCUUCUCAAACUUCUAGGGCGGUUCCAGGUAAACUAAGAGAAAAUCAGAAAUCAAAGCAGUCAGAGGAGUCACUGAGAAAAGUCAUGUACUUAAGUUCUUGGGGUCCUUACUAGUCUCUAAACUAAAUAUUGCAGAGGAACUACAUUCAUGCAUGGACUGGUAGCAGCAUAGAGACAAUCUACAGUUUUCAAGACUUCAUUAUUUGAAGAAACAUGACAAGGCCACCUUCUUAUAGAGAUGGAAGUUGGAACCCAUCAACAAUUAUUCAGCUCCAUCAGAUUAUGCUCUUGCAAUUUAUGUUUCGAUCAAUGUUGAAAGUGAAUUCCUGAAUGAUGGGGGAAAAAUAGUGUAAAUUGUAAAUUUUGGUCCCAAUUUACUGAAUAUCAAACCAUAUUAUUUUUGGAUAAA